GCUUUUAUGCUUUACUUUAUGUACUUUUACGCCUUGUUCCUCUCAUCCUUCUUUACAACGAACAUCAAAUUAACAUUGGUGAGUUCUAAAAUACAAAAGUUUUAACAUACAAAAACCGUGUAGGGAGCAUGAUUUGCUGCUGUGUUAAGUCGGAGAACAACAAGAAGUACGCGGAGCUGGAUGCGAAGCUUGCAAGGAAGAUGGUGGAGAGCCGGAGGAUUUAUCCGGGACACAAGAGUCUAAAGUCUAUGGAUUCAAUAAUCAUGAAGUUUCCUAAGCUAAGAGAAGGAUUAAGAAACAUCAGAAACGUUUUCGAAUCCUACGAUAAUGAUAGUAACGGGACAAUCGAUAUAGAGGAGCUGAAGAAAUGCUUAGAAGAACUACAGCUAAGUUUAUCAGAUGAAGAAGUAAAAGGCUUAUAUGGAUGGUGUGAUGUUGAUGGAAGCAAAGGGAUACAGUUCAAUGAGUUUAUAGUCCUUCUCUGCCUCAUCUAUCUUCUAUCAAAACCUUCCUCUGAAUCCAACGCGGAAUCGAGAGAGAUGGGUCCGAAGUUGGUUGAAUCUAUAUUUGAUCCAAUAGUUGAAGUGUUCUUGUUUUUGGACAAAGAUGGUAAAGGGAAACUGAACAAGGCUGAUGUGAUAAAGACACUGAAC